AUUUUAUGUUACAUUCCAACAAUUUGAUAAAAAAAACACAUAUCAUUAAAACUUGAAAUGGCACCAGCUCAAAACCCAAUCAGUUCGAAACAUGUGGCUGUGAUCGGAGCCGGAGCAUCCGGUUUAAUAGCAGCCAGAGAGCUCCAUCGUGAAGGUCACACCGUCGUGGUUUUUGAACGGGAGAAACAAGUGGGAGGUCUCUGGAUUUACUCACCUAAAGCUGAAUCCGACCCGCUUAGUCUCGAUCCGACCCGACUCAUAGUCCACUCGAGUGUCUACGAGUCUCUCCGAACCAACCUCCCGAGAGAGUGUAUGGGUUUCAGGGAUUAUCCGUUCGUGCCACGUGAAGAUGAUUUGUCAAGAGACUCGAGAAGGUAUCCGAGCCAUAGGGAAGUUCUUGCGUAUCUUCAAGACUUUGCUAGAGAGUUUAAAAUAGAGGAGAUGGUCCGGUUUGAGACCGAGGUGGUCCGGGUGGAGCCGGUUGAUGGGAAAUGGAGGGUCCGGUCCAAGAACUCCGCCGAUCUAUCCGACGAUGAGAUCUUUGACGCCGUGGUUGUUUGCAAUGGGCACUACACCGAACCUUACGUCGCUACUAUUUCUGGGAUAAAUUCAUGGCCAGGAAAGCAUAUCCAUAGCCACAACUACAGAGUUCCUGGUCCAUUCAAAAAUGAGGUGGUGGUGGUGAUUGGAAAUUUUGCGAGCGGUGCUGAUAUUAGUAGAGACGUAGCUAAGGUCGCCAAAGAAGUCCACAUCGCGUCUAGAGGGAGUGAAGCCAAUACGUAUGAGAAGCUUUCCGUGCCCACCAACAAUCUAUGGAUUCAUUCUGAGAUAGAGACUGCAUGUGAGGAUGGGUCAAUUAUUUUCAAAAAUGGGAAGGCCGUUCAUGCCGAUAGCGUUGUGUACUGUACCGGGUACAAGUAUAAAUUUCCAUUUCUUGAAACCAAUGGCUAUAUGAGUAUUGAUGAUAACCGCGUUGAGCCUUUAUACAAACAUGUGUUUCCACCCGCGCUAGCCCCAGGACUUUCUUUUAUUGGUUUACCAGGGAUGGGCAUACAAUUCGUUAUGUUUGAAAUCCAAAGCAAAUGGGUAGCUGCAGUUUUAUCAGGACGAGUUACACUUCCCUCACCAGAAAAGAUGAUGGAAGAUCUUAUUGCGUCGUAUGCGAUGCUUGACGCGUUAGGUAUUCCCAAGAGACAUACACAUAAGCUGGGUAAAAUUGAGUCUAAGUACCUCGACAGGGUCGCAGAAGAAUCUGGUUGCCCGCUUGUUGAACCUUGGAGAGUUCAACAAGUUGAGCGUGGUUAUAAGAGACUUGUCUCUAACCCUGAAAACUACCGCGAUGAAUGGGACGACAAUGAUCUCAUAGAAGAAGCGUACGAGGAUUUUGCUAGAAAGAGGUUGAUCAGUUCUCGUCCUUCUUAUUUCCCCGAAUCAGGAAGAUGAUAUCCCACAGUGGUGCCUACUUGGUUUGGGGGUCUACUUGUAUUAUUUUUUAAAGAGUUGGUUUAAUUAAAGCUGAAUAAUGUAAGGGUUGCCUGUUAUACAAUGGCUUCUAUUUUGUUAAAACUGUCAUAUGAUGUAUCAAAGAAGCAUAUAUGAUACAUGUGACAUGACAUGUUUUAGUGGAGAUGGUAAUAGUUGA